UUUCCUCUCGGAGGGGCAGCAGGAAGUGAGGAGAAAGGGCUGGGGUAGGAGGCGGGAACGGGUGGGAGGGGAUGGAGUUUAUCAAGUCGGCGGGCUGCCCCACAGGGCAGCAGCUGGUGCGAGUGGCCCGGCGGGAGAGGCUCACCGGGGAAGGAGGAAGGCCACCGACCUGCUGGGCCGACGGGCUCCCCACACAGUUCCUGAACUGGUGCCAGACAGGUGACACCAUCUUUCUGCAACCUCCAGCAUGCGUGCAGGCCCGAGCCCCGCCGUCACACUGGCUCUGAUGCUGGCGGUGGCAUGGGCCACAGAUCUCAAGCCCACAGCACCUCCCAUCUUCACAGGCCGGCCCUUUGUGGUAGCGUGGGAUGUGCCCACACAGGACUGCGGCCCACGCCACAAGGUGCCACUGGACCUGAAGGCCUUCGACGUGCAGGCCUCACCUAAUGAGGGUUGGGUGAACCAGAACAUUACCAUCUUCUACCGUGAUCGGCUGGGCCUGUAUCCACGCUUUGACUCAGCAGGACGGUCUGUGCAUGGUGGUCUGCCGCAAAACGGCAGCCUCCCAGCACACCUGAAGAUGCUGAAGACACAUGUGGGGCAUUACAUUCGCACACAGGAACCUGCGGGGCUGGCAAUUAUUGACUGGGAGGACUGGCGGCCUGUGUGGGUGCGCAACUGGCAGGACAAGGACGUGUACCGCCAGCUGUCACGCCAGGUGGUGGCCAGCCGCCACCCCGACUGGCCACAGGACUGCGUGGGCAAGCAGGCACAAUACGAAUUUGAGUAUGCUGCGCGGCAGUUCAUGCUGGAGACUCUUCGGUGGGUCAAGGCAGUGCGUCCGCGGCACCUCUGGGGCUUCUACCUCUUCCCUGACUGCUACAACCAUGAUUAUGUGCAGAACUGGGCCAGCUACACGGGUCGCUGUCCUGAUGUUGAGGUUGCCCGCAACGACCAGCUGGCCUGGCUGUGGGCUGAGAGCACGGCCCUCUUUCCCUCUGUCUACCUGGAUGAAAUACUUGCCUCCUCUGCCCACGGCCGCAAGUUUGUCAGCUUCCGUGUACAAGAGGCUCUUCGCGUGGCUCACACCCACCACGUCAACCACGCACUCCCUGUCUAUGUCUUCACGCGGCCCACCUAUAGCCGUGGGCUCACAGGGCUUAGUGAGAUGGACCUCAUCUCCACCAUUGGCGAAAGUGCGGCCCUGGGUGCAGCCGGGGUCAUCCUCUGGGGUGACGCAGGAUAUACCACGAGCACGAAUACCUGCCGAUACCUCAAGAAUUACCUGAAGCAGCUGCUGGUCCCCUACGUGGUCAACGUGUCCUGGGCUGCCCAGUAUUGCAGCUGGGCCCAGUGUCAUGGCCAUGGACGUUGUGUGCGCCGUGACCCCAGUGCCAGUGCCUUCCUGCACCUCAGCACCAGCAGCUUCCGCCUAGUGCCUGGCCAUGAACCUGGUGAGCCCCAGCUACGACCCGAGGGGGAGCUCAGCAGGGCUGACCGUGACCACUUGCAGACACACUUUCGCUGCCAGUGCUACUUGGGUUGGGGUGGCGAGCAAUGCCAGCGGGACCAUGGGAAGGCAGCUAGGGGUGCCAGCCAGGCCUGGGCUGGGCCCCACCUCCCCAGCCUGCUGGCUCUGACAGCCCUGGCCGUCACCUGGAGCUCAUAGGGGUCUCCCACCCAGCUGCCAGGCAAGCUGGCCUCUGCCAUGAGGGCUCUGCCAGGCAUGUAGGAGCCUGUAGGGGUGGACAGAUGAAUCCGGGUUGGGGGCAGAGCCCCCGGGAUGCCCGGUAAGGCAUCCAUACCAGCUCUCACCACCCCCCCUGUUCUAAGGGGGAGGGGCAGUCUCCUGGGAGGCCCCGUCUCUCCCUGCCAGGGGGAAAGGGGGGCAUAGACGGAUAGGGGAGGGCCUGACCCUACUCCCCUGCCCUUGAAUAGUUUAUUGUUAUUGUUUUGGGGUCUCUUUUUUUGUAAAUUAAAUAUAAAACAAAUGC